AUGUUACAAGCGGAAGAAAGCUAUACUGCUCGACCAUCAUCCCUCCAAUCAAAUGAUUCAAAUCAGCUUUGCAAAAUCAUCGUGAUAAGCGGCAGACCAGCUACUGGAAAGACAACGAUAUGCAAUGCACUUGUGCCCCUUUUAAAACAACGCUUUCCCUCCCACAACAUUCUAUUCCUUGACACCAAUACACUUCUUUCCAUGAACGAAUAUAUUCCUCCACAACACAUUGAAACCAUUCAAAAAUUGAAGAAUAGUGGAAAAUUGAAAUAUCAUUUGGAUCCUGAAAUCAUGUCAACUAUUUUAAAUUCAUAUUUUUCACAACACAACACAUCACAAAACAUUAUAUUAUUUUACAGAGGACCUUCAUCGGUGCAUGUCUGCAAGCAUUUGAAUUUUGUGCCCAACCUGUAUAUUUAUUUAGAUGCCCCUACAGACGAUUUAAUUCACAGAGUUUGUUUAAGGAGAGUCGAUUUAAGGACUGGAAAGACGUAUCACCUCGAAGCAGAUGCUGCCUUUAUUGAGGCCAACCAACACACUCUUCAACUAAGUCAACGCAUUGGAGACUCUGAAGAUUUAUUUAGGGCAAGAAUUGACCGAUCCGAUCGGCAUGUUCUUGAGGUGUUUCAUUACUAUCAAAACAUGGGGAUGAAAGGUGCUACUAAUGAUUCCCAUCUUGCUGCAACUUGUGUCGAGUGUGGAAAAGAAAAAGGUAAAGAACAAGUGCUUCAUGAGGUUUUUACAAUUCUGUUGGAAUGGUUGCAGUAG